GACAGAAGCGGCGGCCCGGGCCUUGCCCGGCGGGCAUGGGUUAAAAUUGGAGCCUCUUUCCCAGCCAGAAGCCAAACACCACCAUGUGGUUGCUAACUGCUCUUCAUUUACCUAUUGAUGCCUCCCAGAAAAAAACGCCCCCAGCGUUCCCAGAAAACCCAGCUGCUAUUCCGUCAACAACCACUGGAGGGCACCAAACACCGCUAUGAAUCGCCACAGCGUCCUUUAACUCUCACUCGACAGGUGCCUAGCAAGCCGAUAGACCAGAGCACCAUCACUUCUUGGAUAUCUCCUGAGUUUGAUACAGCAGCAGAAAGCUGGUCCCUAGCCUACCGGAAAUGUCAUCACCGAGACCAGGCAAGACGUAAAAGUCGAAAAUCUGGCACCUCCAAAUUUCCACAUCUAACUUUUGAGAGUCUACAUUCUUCUUCCAUUUCAGAGACAUUGGAGAGCCCUUUAAUCAAGGAGUGCCCCAAUCAACAAGAAAAGAACAAUUCUAGAAGACUCUUAGUUCCAGUGCUCAGUCCCCAAAGCUCUGGGGACCUGUCAAUACAUGCACUUCAGAGUCUACCUUAUGUGUUCAUUCCACCUGACAUCCAGACCCCAGAGUCAUCUUUCGUGAAGGAAGAAUCUGUUCCUCAAGAUCAGAAGGAAAACAGCCUUCCAUACUGCUCUGGUCACACUAAUACUCCCAGCAGCCCAGAGCCUGGGCCUGUUCUGGUUAAAGAUACACCUGAGAACAAGUAUGGGAUAAAGGUCACGUGGAGGAGACGACAACACCUGCUUGCUUACCUCAGGGAGCGAGGAAAGCUGAGCAGAAGCCAGUUCCUUGUGAAAAACUGACUCCUUCUCAUCAACACUCUCAAGAAAUUGCUGAUUUUCAUAGAGUUGCUAAAGUCACUUUUCUAACUCAUGAGAGUCUAUCAAUAGAAUAAAAUAGAAAUAACACCAACAGAAAAAAAAUUUUUUUAACUAGAGCCUUGGAGUUACAAGGGAAUUCAAUUCCCACAUUUGCUUUUUAAGAUACCUUAUGUCACGAACUGUUUACUUUAUAUUUUUUCUAGCAUUAACUGUUUAAAAUAUAUGUAAAUAAAUGGUUGCAGAAAGUUUUUAGAGAACCCUGCUUCUGUCAAGAAUGCAGCAAUAUUGACCCACCCACAAAAGGUCUUUCAUAGUUGUUAAUUUAAAGCACUAGUCAGUCCUUUAAUCAACUCACUUAAACUAAUUCAUUCCACAUUUUUGUUUUUAAUUGAAGCAGGGUAUUUCUCUGUUGACUGGACUACAGUAUAUAGCUCACUACAAACUCAAGUGAUCCUCUUCAGCCUCCUGAGAAAGCGUGCUGCCAUAGCCAGUUAACUUUUUGGUUUUUGUACAGUCGCAUUUUUGCCCAGCCUGGUC